AUGCAUAUUAUGUGUUUACAGAUUUCAAAAUAUUUACAUGAGGUAGCUGCAGUUUCGAAUCGUGCACAAUUACACACGGCUGGUAAAUCUUAUGAAAAUAAAACGAUAGAAUAUCUCAAGAUUAGCACUGGCGGAUCAAAGAAAGCUAUCUUUAUAAAUGGUGGAUUACAUGCAAGAGAAUGGAUAUCACCAGCAGUUGUUCUAUACUUGAUUAAUCAGCUAGCUUUGAACCCGAGCAACAAUCCAGUUAUAGACAGUAUUUUAGAGAAACUUGACUGGUACUUUCUACCAGUAGUGAACCCAGACGUCUAUGAAUAUUCGAGUACAACCGAUAGGCUGUGGAGAAAGAACAGACAACCACCUCCAUCUGGUUCUUGCAUUGGUGUAGAUUUAAACAGAAAUUUUGGAUUUAAUUGGAAUCCAGCGAUUGGUGGAAGUACUUAUCCAUGUUCGGAAAUGUAUGCAGGCACCAAAGCAUUAACUGCACCGGAAUCAGCAGCUGUUGGAAAACUCAUGCGUGAUAUUCAUUGCCACACAAUUGCAUACCUCGACAUACACGCUUAUGGACAAAUGUGGUUAUGGCCAUGGGGAUAUACGGCUAAUGUUUUGCCAUCUGAUCUCGAAGACUUGAAACACUAUGCGAAAGUAGGAGCAAAUGCAAUCAGCAAGAAAUAUAAUACUAAAUUCAUAAUUGGUGGAGAUGCUACAGAUUUAUCUGCUGGAGGUGUAGACGACUAUGCAAAAGGCGUGGCUGGUAUACAGUAUUCCUAUACUGUAGAAUUAAGAGACGAAGGCAAUUACGGAUUUGAGCUUCCUGUCAAUCAAAUAGUGCCCACUGGAGAAGUGAUGUUAGAAGGCAUACUGGCAUUUGCUAAGGAAUUAUUUGUCCGAGAGGGCCUAUAA